AUGGCUGUCACUAGUGCUAUUAACGACCUCUUCGCCUCCAUCUACGAGCUUCUCGCUUCGGUCUUCAACACCGUCUACGCCAUCAUUCAUUCUAUCUUUUCGGCGGUUCUGGGCUUUGUUCAGGGGCUUUUCAACCUUAUUGGUGAUGUCGUCUCUGGGCUUGUGGACGUCACUGGUGGUGUUGGCAAGUUUGUAGCCAGCAAUGCUGCUAUUCUGGCUGUCGGUGCUCUGGGUGCUUUUGCGUAUGUGAGAUACACUGCGCAGGGAAAACAGAUUGCGAACAAGAAGACUCAGUAG